UAUGAUAAGUAGGAUUAAACCUAAUUGGGUUGGUGGUGGGUUUAGGUUUUCUGGUCGUCGUCUGGUUUCAGAUGACUUUAGCAAGGCGUAGAAAUGAACCAGAACUGAUUGUGUUUGAUCUCGAUUACACGCUUUGGCCAUUUUGGGUCGAUACCCAUGUUAGUCCUCCAUUCAAGUCAGAUGGUAAAGGAGGCGCAUAUGAUAGAAACAACUACCACAUAGAACUUUAUCCUGACGUCCGAGAUCUCCUCAACGAAUUAGCAGAGAAAGAAAUUAAACUAGCAGCAGCCUCACGAACGGAAGCACCGGCUGCUGCUCACGACCUACUCAAAGAGCUCAACAUGGACAAUUAUUUUCACUACAAAGAAAUAUAUCCGGGAUCGAAAACAGCACACUUCAAAAGCAAAUUGCCGUUCAGGUUCAGAGCAAUGUCGGGAGUGAGGUACAUCGACAUGCUCUUCUUCGACGACGAACAACGCAACAUUACAGACAUCAGCAGACUGGGAGUGACGUGUGCUCUAGUACACACUGGCCUCACUCGGCAUGCUUUUCACACAGCAAUGGAUGAGUUUAUCAGAACUAGGCAAACGUGAUUUAUUAUAACAACUUUCCCUCCUUGUCGUAUUUCCGUG